AUGGACCUGAAGCUGCUCUUGAUAUCCACAUUGUUAGGAGUCUUUUGUUACAGUAAUGCUCAGAAAGAGGGGAACGAGUGCAUCAAUGCCAAUGCCAAAUACUGCGGGGAGUGCAUCCAGGCGGGAGCCAAAUGUGGCUGGUGUAAAGACCCGGACUUCCUGAAACAGGGUGAGACUGUGUCGACCCGUUGUGACGAGCUGCAGUCUUUGAUAAAAAGGGGCUGUAGUGAUGCCAUGAUCGAGAACCCACACGGGGAACAGAAGACCCUCAAGAACAAAACAGUGACGAAUCGCAGAAAGGGAGCAGAGAAACUGAGGCCAGAGGACAUCACGCAGAUCCAGCCCCAGAAACUCAGCCUCACACUCCGAUCUGGUGAGCCUCAAACUUUCAACUUAAAGUUCAAACGAGCGGAAGAUUAUCCCAUCGACCUGUACUACUUGAUGGAUCUGUCCUACUCCAUGAAGGACGAUCUGGAGAACGUCAAGAACCUGGGAACAAGUCUAAUGCUGGAGAUGUCAAAGAUCACCUCUGACUUCAGGAUAGGUUUUGGCUCCUUUGUGGAAAAGACAGUCAUGCCAUACAUCAGCACCACCCCGGCCAAGCUGCUAAACCCAUGCACAGGCGACCAGAACUGCACCAGCCCGUUCAGCUACAAGAACGUGCUGAAGCUGACCAGCAAUGGCAAGAACUUCAACACCCUGGUGGGCCAGCAGCAAAUCUCCGGAAACCUGGACUCUCCUGAAGGGGGGUUUGAUGCCAUCAUGCAAGUGGCUGUGUGUGGGGAUCAUAUUGGUUGGAGGAAUGUGACUCGUCUGCUUGUGUUUUCCACUGAUGCUGGCUUCCACUUUGCCGGCGAUGGCAAACUGGGUGGCAUCGUUCUGCCCAAUGACGGAAAAUGUCACUUGGAGAACAAUGUGUAUACCAUGAGCCACUACUAUGACUAUCCCUCCAUUGCCCACCUGGUUCAGAAGCUGAGCGACAACAACAUUCAGACUAUCUUUGCAGUCACAGAGGAGUUCCAGCCCGUUUACCAAGAGCUGAAAAAUCUGAUACCAAAGUCUGCAGUGGGCACUCUGUCUGCCAACUCCAGCAAUGUAAUCAACCUUAUUAUAGACGCUUACAAUUCUCUCUCGUCCGAGGUUAUUUUGGAGAACAGCAAGCUUCCAGAGGGAGUGACCCUAGCUUACACGUCCCGCUGUAAGAACGGAGUGGUUAGUGAGGGCGAAAGUGGACGCAAGUGCUCCAACAUCUCCAUCGGAGAUGAGGUGAUGUUUAGCAUCAGUGUGACAUCUAAGGGCUGUCCGAAACAAGGAAAGCCUGAGAUCAUCAAGAUAAAGCCCCUGGGAUUUACGGAGGAGGUGGAGAUCACCCUCAACUUCAUUUGUGAGUGUGAAUGCAACAAGGACGGUAUCAAGAACAGUCAACUCUGCCACUUUGGUAACGGGACCUAUGAAUGCGGAGCCUGCAAGUGUAAUGAGGGACGUGUGGGCAGACAGUGUGAAUGCAGCAGCAACGAUGUGGCCACAGAGGACAUGGACCGGACCUGCCGCAAAGACAACGGCACCGACAUCUGCAGCAACAACGGAGACUGUGUGUGCGGAACAUGCGAGUGCAAGAAGAGGGACAACCCUGAGGAGAGGUACAGCGGCCAGUACUGCGAGUGUGACAACUUCAACUGUGACCGCUCUGGAAACAAACUGUGUGGAGGGCAUGGCCGCUGUGAGUGCAGAGUGUGUAUCUGUGACCCUAUGUGGACCGGAAGUGCCUGUGAUUGCUCUCUGGAUAACAGCACGUGUAUGGCCAGCAACAAGCAGAUCUGUAACGGCCGAGGAACGUGUGAAUGUGGCACUUGCAAGUGCACUGAUCCCAAAUUCCAGGGUCCCACCUGUGAAACUUGCCCUACCUGUCCAGGAGUCUGUACUGAACACAAAGAGUGCGUCCAGUGCCGGGCGUUUGGCACCGGUGAGAAGAAGGACACAUGUGAGAGAGACUGCAGCUACUUCAACCUGAUUAAAGUGAAGGACAGGGACAAGCUGCCCCAGCCCAACGACGCCUCUUACCCCGUGAUGCACUGCAAGGAGAGGGACGCCAACGACUGCUGGUUCUACUACACCUACGCUGUCAACAACAACACGGAGAAGGAGGUCCAUGUGGUGGACACGCUGGACUGCCCCGCCGGUCCUGACAUCAUCCCCAUUGUGGCAGGCGUGGUCGCCGGCAUCGUCCUGAUAGGCUUAGCCCUGCUGCUCAUCUGGAAGCUGCUGAUGAUCAUCCAUGACAGAAGAGAAUUCGCCAAGUUUGAGAAGGAGAAGAUGAACGCCAAAUGGGAUACGCAAGAAAACCCUAUAUACAAGAGUCCUAUCAAUCAGUUCCAGAAUCCAAGCUAUGGACGUAAAGCUGCUGUCCUUUAAGGUGAAAAUCCCAUCUACAAAAGUGCUGUCACGACUGUGGUCAAUCCCAAAUAUGAAGGAAAAUGAUGGCGUCAUAGUUUAUCAAUGAACUCUGCUAUCAAGUAUCUGACAACUGCAGUAUUUACCACGGGUUUGGGGUCUGGGGGGGGAACCUGUGGUGGAAUUUACAUCAUUUCUUUUUGCUACUUUACCAGUAUAAUGUACCACACCACCACUGCAUCUGUAUUUUUUACUAACACUUACAAUUUAUAUGCAUUUGUUGUAUUUUGGAUGUACAGUAUACAGUAUGUGUAUAUACUUUUAAGUUGCAUAUUUGCAAAAAUUAUUACAUGAAGGUGUUUUUUUCCUACCACAGGACUGGUAUGGGCAGAGGAUGUAGCUUUUUUUGUGGACACUAUGCAUAUACAAUAUAUGUUACAUGAAUUCCUCAGCUUCUGUCUCUUUCUCAGACAUUUCUCUGUCUUGUCGUCUCUCUGUGCACUGACUUCCUGUGUGUCUCUGUGUGUUCCAGACAGGACCUGAGUUUAAUAUGUAAAUUGUCAGCCAUAGCAGCACAUUAUGUCAAUGUGUGUGUGUAUAUAUAUAUAGAAAACAAAUGCAAUAUGAAGUAUUGAAUAGUAUUUCACAGUCAACUUAGAUUGGAUAGUUAUGUUGAAUCACAGUAGAUCAUGGCAGUGGUUGUAAAUGUAGUUUUUAACUGCAACUCAGAAACACAUUGUAUUGCACUCGUAUUGAGUACUGUUCUACUAUUCUAAAGGACUAAAUACACAAGAUGAAAAAUAAAUAUCAACUAUCAUUACUUGAAUUGUUGAUAUACUAUCACAAAGGGACUGUAUACCACUUGUUAAAAUUAUGAAAUUGCAGCAAUGUUGAACAAUCGAAGCAUUGUAUAGUUAGGAAACAAGUUGCAAUGAACUAAUGAAAAAUUGCUGUACUUGCCAACUGCAUUAACUUUAUUACUCAUUCUCAGGUCCUCUCCUGUAUUCUUGUCAAGUACACCAAAAAUAUGUUUUAUG